AUGUCGUCCCUGGGGGAGAGUGAGGAUCACCAAUCCUCGUCCAGCGUCUUUGCCAUGCUCGUACAAUUUCUCGAACGGAGCUUUCGGCAAGACGGGGUGGUGAACAUUCCAAGUGAGGUCGUCUCGCCUUUCCAAAAGACGUCCCUCACAGAUUCAAACUUCUCUCUCCGGGACCUAAACAAGGUACUCGAACAUGGUCGUCCAAAGAACAUUCUUCGUCUUGCGCCUGCCUCCCUUUGCACCGUCGUUUCAAUCGUUCUGCAGGUCCCUUAUUCUCUUGUGCAACUGAAGCUCCUUCAUCUUAUCAUGGGCGUUGUUCGGCAACACAGGAAUGAGGAUGCCUUUGCUGCAGCCUUGACACGAGCACAUGGAGUGUCUGUUACGCCGGUGGCUGUUAAAACACAGAAGGAUAUCAUCUGCAAGAAUAUAGCGAGCUGUGUCCUUCGUCACCUCACAAGUGCCGACAAAAAUCAGCGUCUACGUUUUACGAUGGCCCAAUUACUUGCAGUUGUGCUCUGCACGAGUCCCAUGGCGAGGGAGAGCGUAGCUUCAGCUCCUGAAUGGCGUGCAUUGGCCUCUCUGAUCGCAACGGAAGAGGACUGCUUGCUUCGUGUCUUGACCGCUAACGCUGUACGACAAAUGCUAUGUAACAACGUGGAAAGCGCAGUGUUCAAGAAAUCUUUGAGAUCAGGAGGAAAUCUUGACGCAUUGCCCAUAUCCGAAAGCGCAGACUCGGACUGGCUGUACCGUAUUAUGGAUUAUGUGAACAGUACGUUUUCUGGACAAAAGGAACGUCUUUACAGAGUCAUGCGCUUUGAAUGCCCGCAAGAUUCACCUCAGGCCGCGGCAGACUGUCCUGUCCUUAUUGCCGGUGUCUCGAGCGACAUGACGCUCCUUAUGCCUGAGGCUCCUGAGGCUCCUACGGUGAUUUCAGUACCGUUAAUGGAGUGUACUUCCGUGAACAGGGUUUUCUCAGAACCGGACUCUUAUGCCGUCGAAAUCAAGUUCCCUGACAACGUUGGCUACAGGAUCAAGAACGGGAUCAAGAAUGCUGUGGACAGCAUCACAAUUGUACUCCAAGAUGACGAAUCUGCAGACUCGCUACUGCGAAAGAUCCAGGAACGACAGAAACUUGGUCGUCCAUCUAUACAUGAGGCGGUAUCUACUUGUGAAAAGAAUGGAUAUCGGGCAUCUAUUUCGGCGACAUUCGUGGACUUGCAUAUGGACUCUUCUGAGGCGUUUGCAGAAGAGCCCGAAAAGCUUGAAGCAUUUCGUACUGAGGCACAGCCAUCGGAAUUCGAAGUCUCCUCUCCUCUUCAAGAUUUAUCGCAGCGAAGUCUCCAAAAGAAAGCGAAGCCACCGCCAAGCCUGGAAAAGGUGGAGGUAAAUGCUUCAGUGAAUACAGACGCGAAGAACAGUGGCAGUAAUGCAGCUUGCGAGCAAAACGCAGGUUCGCACUUUGUCCGCGACCCUUCUGUGCACGAUCAAGGAUCGAGAAUGCUUGAUGGGGAGUCAAGAAUCGACGUGAAGAAGCUUGAAGGACUAUUGCAAAGAACGAAGGGUUCUUUCAGCGAUAAGAAAGGAAUGUCUCAGCAGGUAGAAACCUCCGAAUUGUCUGAUCCCGGACGAGCGCCGUCGAAUGGAUCUUCGCCGAUUCUGAACACAGCAGAAACUAAUGAACAGGCCAACGUCAAGAAAACACGUACCAUAUCUUCUGUGGCGCCCGGAGCAAGCGAUGAACCACCCGUGGCGUCUCGCACGUUGAAGCCAGCAACACGAGAUCAGCACGAUAAAGUUUCAUACAAGUCUGCACACACACCAGUUCCGAUGGCCUUUCGGGAUGGAGUCAAAACUCGAGGAUCUCCUCCCCCAGCUCCAGCAAAGCCUGUACUCAAAAAGAAACCAUUAAAACAGUCUACUACGGGUUGCAGAUUGCCUCGGAUUCAAGCUCCUCCGGAAGCUAUUCCCAACGAGUUCGAUCUCCCCUCUGCCGAUCAGGAGUUGGAACGGCCAAAGAAAAAGGUCAAAAUCAAGAGCUCGAAACAGUCCAGUAAAAGCUCAGGGACUACAGGUAGCACGGGACGGAAAGGAACUCCCAAAGUAGCUGCCCUUCAAAAGCCGGGGGGUGAGAGGAGCAGAGGACGGAACAAGGUAGCUAAGGCACCUGAUAAGGAAGAACCUAAGACUGUGGCUUCCACACGAGCCAGGCGCGCGGUAAAGAUGCGUGCAUAUGUCGAAUUUGAUAACAGCCGGAGUGAAGAUGCUCAGGAGGACUCUCAUGACGCCCAGACAGAGGCAAUGAAGGGACGCACUGAGGACAACACAGAAUAUGCCGAAGACUCGUACCCGGUAAGCAAGGAACAAGGAGCCGCGGCCCUGCAAGGUUCUGUGCUCAAUUUUGAUUCCAAUCUGAAGAAGAUGGUUUCUUCACCAGGACGGAAAGAUCAUGUCAGUCUCCCAAGGCAGAGUAUCGACACAAGUGAACCUAGCCUGCAGCCGGCUCCUAUGCGAACAAUACAACUCAUCAGCGAGAGCGCUAUCCCGCCAGUAAACGAGAACAAGCUGCGUAGAACUUCCAUCGUUCAAUUCGGCCCCCACGGACCCAACAAUCAAGCCACCCCAAUCACACCGGGAGCAAGAGGAACAAGUAAUGCUGCCGAGCGCCACGAUCAGAUCACACCUGGAGAGUCCGGAAGACGUGCAGUUACCGGCAAAGGGAAAACAGAUGAAGACCCGAAAGGUGAUACGAGCAAAUCGAAGGCGAGUGGGAAUACUGCGAGCUGGAUUACUGAAGUUGAAAACACAACAAUGGACUAUGAACAGCGCGUCGACGCUGCAAUGGACAAGCAUAAAAGGCUUGAAGCGCGCAAACGUGAGCAAAGCGCUAUCGAAGAUGAUGGCACGGAAGCCCAAAAUCCUCCUAAUAAGAGCACUCAUAGCACUUUUCUUGUUGACGAAGAUGUUCUCGACGUCGGCGACAUCCAGGACCAGAUCAUCACUGACAAUGCUGUCUUGGAGUCUCGUGUCAACGAAAGCGAGGCCCGGAAAGCUGCUGCUGGUCUUCCUCAACCUUACGAAGUGAAAUCUUCCUCUGAAUGCAUCCUGGUCGAUACAAGUCCUCACAGCCUUGCAAAAGUCAAACCUACCAGCAAAACCAAGAGAAAACAGAUCAAUGUGACGACAGAUUCUCGUGACUUUUCUCUUCCUACACCUGCAGACGCUAACAGGAUACAUGAGGAGGGUCUCGAUCUCGACUCGUGCGCAGAUAAAGAUGCUUCGCCUUCAGCGUCAUCAUCCGAAGAUAUGCCCAGGCAUGACUUUCCUGAGUAUGUUGCCUCAGAUCCUUCUGAUAGCGGCAAAGCCAUUUCUCCUGCCACUCAUGACGCCGUAUGCCAGACUACGCGGAACACUCCAGAUUCUUUGCUUCUUGAUGUUCGAGCCGGGCCGCGACAAGCUGCCCGUCCUCAACAAUAUGACCGACUUUCCAUUGGAACCUCAGCUAUCAUUGACGAAAAACACCCUCACGCGGAGGAAACCAUAAACGUGGAUGAUAUGGGUUCGGCUUUGCCGUUGUGGCCAGAGGUAGAGGACGCUCGUGCUGAUGGAGACUCUGUACCACGAGGGGCACCACCCAACAGAACUGAUGCAUCUGUACGACUUGAUCGCUGGAGAGGCAGAACUGCACAGCGGACCGGUGAGUUUUCAAGAGGCGCACAGCCGUCACGGGAAGACCUGGCGAGGGAAAGUGGUAGUUCGAGAAAGCCUCCUCCCCCAAGCAUGGCUCCGCCACCACCCGGCGAUACGAAGAUUAAGGCUCAUGUCAAGAUCCGUCGCGCACCUGCCUCAGAUUUGGCAGUUGCGCCUUCCUCUCAACAUCAACCGUCUCGAGCCAGCACGUCCAUUCUAGACGUAGCAAAAGAAACCACAGAACCAAUGGCAAAUGUACCAGUCCGCGUCAAGAAGACGUUGCCUUCGACAAAAGAAACUCAAGAAGCCACCAUAGCUGAUCCAAAUGUUCCUCCUGGUACACCCAUGUCUUUUUGCACCCGCUUAGACAUGCAUGCAUCAGCCCUAGACGUGGGCUUCGAUGAGCCAGAGUUGGCAAAGGAAGCUCGACAUUCGGCACGUCAAUCAGGUGACGGAAGCAUCACGCUGGUCAAUGAUGAUCAUGCUUUCUUGGAUCGCUCUCCAGGACCAUCUCCAGGACCAUAUCGUUCUCUGAUCCUACGACGGUCGGCCUCAACAGAAGCCAUGUCUCCAUCUGCGAAGCCUAGGAGGAGCCCAAAACACAUGAGACCUUGGCCUGGAACUCUGGAUGUCAGGGGCAGUCAACGUGGAUUAUUCGACAGUAUCAUGAAGAUCACUUCUGAUGUGCUGUUGCGUUUAGGACAAGAGGAAGAUGCUGUCAAGUCCAAGGUUCAGGAAUUUUUCCGGGGAGGCGACGCGAUCAUCCAGACACUGACUGAUAGCUGGAAUGACCGUCUGGGUCACGAACAUCUGAACGUUUUGACUAGCCUGAAGGAAGAGAGGGAUGUGUUGAGAAAAGCUGCCAAGCUAAUGAAUGAACAAGACGAAAGUUCGUGGAAGGGAGUGAUCUGCAAUGUGGUCCGGCAAGAUGGAAAGGAGAGCUUGACGGCAAGAAUCGAAGCAUUCAAGAACGGACAUUAG